AUGUUUGUGAUUCUAGCAACAUUGGUGGGCCUUGCCCUUGCAUUUUCGUACUACGUUUAUAAAGCAAAUUUUAGUGAAUCCGUUAAAUAUAGUGGCAAACUUGGUGGGCCUGUCGCAUACCCGUUGAUCGGAAAUGGACUUUUAUUUGCUGGUAAAACUCCUACGGGAUUUUUUCAGACAUUCGAUACGCUGAUCCAGCAAUAUGGCAAGUGCUUUCGACUGUGGCUGGGAACGAAACUGUUAAUCGUCAUCACCGAUCCGAAGGACGCAGAGAUAUUGUUGAGUAGCACCAAGUACAUCGACAAGUCAGACGAGUACGAUCUUGUGAGGCCGUGGCUGGGCGAUAGUCUACUGACCAGCAAGGGGCGAAAAUGGUUUACACAUCGUCGCGUGAUCACUCCGACCUUUCACUAUAAGAUAUUGGAACAGUUUGUAAAGAUUUUCGAUAAGCAAAGCGAAACUUUCAUUGAGGUGCUCAAACCAUACGCUGACUCAGGAAAAUCCGUUGACUUGUUCCGACCGAUUACGUUGUGCGCGUUGGAUGUUAUUUGUGAAAGUGCCAUGGGUACCAAAUUAAAUGCUCAGCUGAACGCUGAAUCGAAGUACGUUCAAGCGGUUAAAGACAUCACGCUUCUAAUUCAGUAUCGACUAUUUAACUUCCUUAUUCGUUACGAUUUUUUCUACCGAUUCUCAUCGAAUCGCCGUAAGCAAGAAGCGGCACUCAAGGUACUGCACGGAUACACCGACAGUGUUAUUAAAGGCCGCCGUGAGGAACUUCAUCGGUUGCACAAAGAAGUGACCGGAGACGUUGUUGAAAAUGAAUUUGGCAUUAAAAAUAAAAUAGCGUUCUUAGACAUGCUCCUACAGACGACAAUCGAUGGACAGCCGCUAAGUGACCUUGAAAUCCGCGAGGAAGUGGCCACGUUCAUGUUUGCCGGCCAUGACACAGUCACGUCGGCAACUAGCUUCCUGCUGCAGAGUUUAAUGAAGAAUCCCGAUGUUCAGCGGAAGGCUUUCGACGAGAUCCGCACUGUUGUGGGCGAUGAUCGGACUGCUCCAAUCACGAUGACAAUGUUGAACAAUAUGCACUAUCUGGAUCUGGUGAUCAAGGAGACACUACGGAUGUUCUCUCCGGUGCCAAUGUUUGGGCGAAAGAUGUCGGAGAACACGGAAAUCAAUGGGAAAAUAUUCCCGGCUGGUUCGAAUGCCAUGAUCAUGUCUUACUUCAUGGGCCGUAACCCUGAGCUUUACCCAAAUCCAGAGAAGUUUGAUCCCGAACGAUUUAAUGUUGAAACGACGGCGGAAAAGACGAACCCGUAUCAGUACGUACCGUUCAGCGCAGGACCUCGGAAUUGUAUCGGACAAAAGUUCGCUGUGCUGGAAAUCAAAAGUAUCACAAGCAAAUUAUUGCGUUACUACGAACUUUUGCCACCUCUUGAACAGUACGAUGAGAGUUUUACUUUUGAACUAAUUACGCGCCCAGCGACGGGUGUUUUUGUUCUGUUGAAGCCCAGAUUCUGCAGUUGUUUAGCCCGGAGUCUGGAGAAUAAUUUGGUUGUGAAUUUUUACGCUACCGUUCAAAUGGUGCUUCAUAUAGUGUUUGCCGUUUUGGCAGUGAUCCUCGCCAUCAACUACUUAAUGAUUCGGGGAAACAUGAAAUAUGCCCGGCAUAUGAAGGGACCAAUGCCGUUGCCGAUCGUAGGGUGUUUGUAUCUGUACUUUAACAUGAAGCAAGAAGAUAUAAUCGAUUUUCUUACCACGCUCAAGAGUAAGUACGGAAACCUCUUCCGUGUCUGGGUUGGCCACCGGUUGGCGUUGUUCUCCACCAACGUGCAGUACAACGAAACAGUCCUAAGCAGCCAGAAGCUGAUUCGGAAGAGUGAACUGUACAAGUUCCUCGUACCAUGGCUCGGGAAUGGACUGCUGCUCAGCACCGACCAGAAGUGGUUCAAUAAGCGCAAAAUUCUCACGCCUGCGUUUCACUUCAAAAUCCUCGAGCAGUUCAUCGAGGUGUUCGAUAAGCAGAGCCAUGUGCUGGUUGACCGGCUCCGUCCGGAAGCAACCGGGGAGCUGGUCAACAUCUAUCCCUACGUGACGCUGGCUGCGCUCGACAUUAUCUGCGAAACGGCCAUGGGAACGUCAGUGAAUGCGCAAACCGAUGCUAAUUCAUCCUACGUGAAGGCGAUCACCGACCUAAGUCUUUUGCUUACCGGACGUUUCGUGAAAGUGUGGCAACGGGUUGACUUCUUGUUCAACCUGUCGCCGGAUAAGCGACGGCAGGACGAGAUCAUCAAGGUUCUGCAUGAUUUCACCACCAAAAUCAUUCACUCGCGUCGCCAAGAGCUCGCCAUGCGUGGCGUAUCGGAAGCGGAUGACGAUGCUGACAUUGGGUCGAAACGACGAAUGGCGUUCCUAGAUGUGUUGCUACAGUCCACGAUCGAUGGGCGCCCGCUCACGGACCAGGAGAUUCAGGAGGAGGUGGACACGUUUAUGUUCGAGGGACACGAUACGACGACCGUUGCGAUAUCCUUUACAUUGCUACUGCUUGCCCGUCAUCCAGAGGUUCAGGAGAAGCUUCAUCAAGAGAUUGUAGAGAUCGUGGGCAAUGAUUUGAAGGCCCCGGUAACGUAUCGUAAUCUGCAGGACAUGAAGUACCUGGAGAUGAUUAUUAAGGAGUCGCUGCGGCUUUAUCCUCCGGUGCCGAUCAUUGCCCGACGUUUUACGGAGGAUGUUGAUUUAGGUGGAACUAAAGUUCCGGAAGGGUCCAACUUCAACAUCGGCAUAAUGCACACUCAUCGUGAUCCCAGCAUUUUCCCUGAUCCAGAACGGUUCGAUCCAGAGCGAUUUGCACCGGAUCGUUUGUUGGAGCAAACAAGUCCUUACGCUUACGUUCCUUUCAGUGCAGGACCGAGGAAUUGUAUUGGCCAAAAGUUUGCUAUGCUGGAGUUAAAGAGCACGCUUUCGAAGGUUAUACGCAACUUUAAGCUAACAACGGCUGGCCCGGAACCAAAGUUAACGAUGCAGCUGACACUCAAACCAAAAGACGGACUGUUUAUCGGAUUUCUUCCCCGGGUAUAGCGUUUAUUUGAUGGCGAAUAAAUAGAAUUGAC